ACAGCUUGAGGUGGAAAGGAAAAGCUAAGAGUGAUGAAAAGCUUCUGGUCCAGUUGCUGAAUCAAAGCACCAUCUGACAGGAAGCAGGGCUGGGAUCUGGACUGCUUAGGUUUCGUUUCCUUAAUAAUGAUUCCUGCAGUCCGAACUGUAUCUGCAUGGAGGCUGAUGUCUGCAGACUUUCUUCUGGAGAAGACCUUCUGACUGGCCUUCCUCUAGCUGUAAACACUUUUGGAAAGCUCCACACCCGGAGGAAAGACCGCGUUGAUCAGGAAGUGAUCUGCAGUCGCAGCAACACAGAAGCCUUAAAGUAGGUGGAUCAUCACUGGUGAUGAGUAACCAUGAAGUGAACUGCGUUUCUGAAGAGGGAACCAGAGCAACUAUGGCACAGAAAGAUCAAUUCAAAGAGGAGGAUCUGCCUUCUGACAUUAACAACUGGACCAAACAUCAAGUGAGAGAUUGGGUUCUACAACUGAAGAAUGUAGAUGUUUCUGUUGCAGAUAUAUUAUUUAAACAAGACAUCAGUGGUCCCAGUCUUUUGCUUUUAGACACAUCAGACCUAAUCAAUAUGGGUGUUACUUUUGGACCGACUAAACUUCUCAUUCACGCCAGGGAGGAGGUGAUCAAGUUAAAAAGCGAGAAGCUAACAAGUUCUGUUAAAAAGCCUGGAAAACCCAGCAAGCCGUAUCCAUUCUGUAGAUACCAUGAUACAUUCAGAUACAUAGAGGGCAGCAUUCUUGAUGUCACAGAAUCAGGUGCCUCAGACUUGAUUGAACCCUGCCAUGAAUAUAAAGCUUUCAUCAACACACCUGAUGAAGCUAAAAUGGACAAGUUCACCUCUGAGGUCAUUCGGUUUGCAGCGGCCUGCAUGAAUAGCCGCACCAACGGUACCAUACAUUUUGGAAUAGGAGACAAGCCAGAUUUUGUACAUGGUCAGGUUUUGGGAGUGGCUGUUAAGGACAAGGAGGCAUACGAAAAUGGCCGAAAAGCAGCUAUUGAUGGUUACUUUGAAUAUAAAUACAAACAUACAGCUCAGAUGUGCAUUAAACCUCCCCGAUUUGUUGAGGUUCUGAACAGAAAUGAAACAUCUUCUGAUAAAUGUGUGAUUGAAGUGGACAUUGAGCCUCAGUCUGCCAUCUGUGAAGAUAACAUCUACCACACCUAUAUCACAAAAAAAGGCAAGAAAAAGACCAAAGAAACUGAAUCACAACCAUCAAAGUGUUUUUACAUCCGAGAUGGUGGCAGCAGCAGAGACCUUGUUGCCCCAACUACCUCCUCCAAAGCCAUGGUAGUGUACAAGCGGUUCAUUGACCAAAUGGCUCAACUAUCACAGUUCCGCAAGAAUGCAGAGGAGAAACAUUUUAAAAGAAUAAAAAGCACAACUCAAGGCUCAAACCUAACUCACAUGAUAACCGGUGGAACCUUGUCAUUAGAUAAGUCUCACUUUGAGCGUUAUAUUAUCGUGACAAACAAAUCUCAUCAAAGCCAUCUUGAAAAUCUGGGAUUCCUCAUAGAGCUCGACCCAACAGCUGUUUUAGACUUUGAUCCUGAGUCAGCUCAACAUGGAUUACAGACUUACUUUGACCAGCAGAGCUCAGUGACCCCACAUUUACCAGCAAAAUAUAAAAUCACAGAAGGAGUUGAAGAUAUAGCUAACAAGUUGAAAUUAACUCGAAACACCAGCUGGGUGUUCUGCAAUGGAGGUAUUGAGCGUGAGACACCCUCAGACAUUGACCAGUGGUUGAUGGACAAGGGCGCCUCGGUUCGAGACGUGAUUUCUUUCUUGUGCCGGAAAGAUGUGCUUCCAAACAAAAGGUUUCUUGUCAUUUUCUUACUUUUGUCAACUGUGAGGGAGAAAAUGGACCCCCUUGUUGAGACUUUCAGUACUUUCUGGCAGGAGCUGAGAGGCACAGACCAAAUCCUCUGUCUAUGUGACAAUGAAAAUGCAUUUACUUCAUGGAAGGACCUCAUUGAGACUCGGUGUGGAGUCAACAUCUCUGGCAGAUGCAUCUAUGAGCUCAGUUUUGCUGAAGUCAAUGGGACCAUCCUAAGUCUUUGGUCCAAAAACCGCAGAGCCAUUCAGUUCCUACCCUGCGGGGGUGAAAGCAAAGUGCCUCUUGAGAAAAAAUUUGAGCGCAGCCUGAAUGCCUUAGAGGUCCUGUGUGUGAACCAGUGUGAAGGAGGAAAUCAGGACAGAGUUGCCAUAGAGGAGAACUUCUACAAAGGUGGAAACGUCUCAUGGUGGAAUUUCCAUUUCUCUGAGCAGCCUGGAUCAACACCAUUCAUCAAACGAGACAAGUUUGACUACAUCAUGAACGCUGUUAUACCUGAACUAUGUUCCCUAACAAAAGCUUGUGUGCUGCUCAAUCUCCUCCAUGUACCUGGAUGUGGUGGGACAACUUUGGCCAAGCAUGUGUUGUGGGCUCUGCGGGACAAAUUUCGCUGUGCUGUCCUCAGGAAAAACUCAGCCAAAUUAGACUUUGCUGAUGUGGCUGAUCAAGUGAUCAAACUUUUAAUGUAUUCCUAUGAUGAACAAACACCAAGGAUCCCUGUAUUGUUCAUGAUUGAUGACUUUGAUGAUGUGGAGAAGGUUUAUGACUUACAGCAGGUCAUUGAAACUGAGUGCACUGAGAAAAACAUCCAGUCUGCAAAGGUCAUCCUCCUGAACUGUAUGAGAUCAGAGUCCUCUGAGGUGACAGGACAAACUGCAGACACAGUAUUUGUUGGGAACAAUCUUUCUGAGAAGGAAUUGAAGAUGUUUGAGGAAAAAUUUAAAGAAAUAGAAAAAACGCACAAGAACUUUGAAACAUUUUAUGGUUUCAUGAUCAUGAAGAAGAACUUCAAGGCAGAAUAUACUGAAGGUGUGGUCCGGAACACCCUGAAAGGGUUCAACAUGAACCAGAAAAAUGGACAACUCUUAGCUGUCUUGGUUCUACUGAAUGUUUACUGCAGGAGUUCUUCUCUCUCUGUGUCCUUAUGUGAGGACUUUCUUGAUCUUCAACCAAAACCUGUUUGUGGAAGCAUUAAAGUUGAAGAUGGAUUUGGUAAAUUUUCCAACUUUAUUGCCAGCUAUUCUGUUGAAGGAAUGGUAGUCUACAAAGCAGUGAAAAUAAUCCACUCAACUAUUGCAAGGCAAUGUUUGGAGGAACUGACAGCCCAAAACGUGACAAAAGCUGAAAUUACUGACCUUCUGCUGACCACAAACCAGCUUUAUGAGUGCACACAAGGCAAAAGUAAUCUCUUGGAAAAUGUUCGCCACAUUUUGGUCAAACGAAAUUAUUCAUUGGAAGAGGAGUCUCAGUUCUCCCCUCUCAUUCAAGAAAUUGCAAAGGAAACAUCUGGACAGGAAGAGAUGGUGCUAAGAAAUGCCUCAAAAAGAUUUGAGAAAGAUGCAAUCAUCUUCCAAUUGAUGGCCAGGUACUACUACCUGAAAAAGAAGGAUUUCUCUGAGGCAAAGUUUUGGGCAGACAAAGCAAAAGAGCUUUCCGAAGACAGCUCCUAUAUCGCAGACACAUUAGCACAGGUCAUUAAGCAUGAGUUGAAAAAUUUAAUCACAACCUGCAAGGAUGUCAGCCCACAGGAACUGGGUGGUUUUCUCAAAAUGUCCCAGUCAGCAAUGGAAGCAUUCAAGCAAGCACAAAACCUUGCAAAGAAGGAGUCCCUUCAGCGAUUACACAUCAAAACAGACCACCGUCCUUUCAAUACUUCAGGAUGUCUCGGAGAAAUCCAGGUUGGACUACUUGUCAUUGACUUGUUAAAAAAAACCCCGGUAUUUUCUCCUGAUGGUGUCCGCCAUGACAUUCUGAACCAGGUUCUUUCCGGAGAAGUUAAACUGGAGAGCAUAGAGAGAAGUGACCCCCGAUGCAAUAAAAACAGAACCUACUAUGUCAUCCUGAGAAAGUUUGAGGAUCUACUUGAAAACCUCAAGUACAGGAUGAAGUUGAACAUUGACUACCUUGAAAAACUGUAUGUGAAUCUGGGCUCCGGAUUUGGAGUGAAAGACACUUGUGAACAAAUAGCCCAAAAUGAGCUUUUUAGAUGUUUCAGGGAAUACCGAAAAAUGUUUUGUGAGACAGAAUCUGCACAUCUUUUCAAGAAUAAGUUGAUGAAUUUAAAGAUGGACCUCCACCUGGCAAGACAGUUCCUUGAGAGGGAAAAAGCUGAUACCUACUCUGGGAUUCUGAGUUGUCUCUCUAAAGAAAUCUCAACUGAAAGGAUGGAGAAAGUUGUCAGGACGUAUCAGUUUAUUUGCAAACCUAGGCACAACCCAAAACCAAAGGACAAAAUCAACCUCAUCUAUGCCAGUGUUGUGUUGAGUCACUUCAAACUGGAAUCACAAUGUGUCAUGCCUUACCCAGAGCUAAUAAAAAUCCUUGUCCAAGUUCUAAAUGAACCAACUCCAUCAAAUGACAGUUUGCCACUGUUCUUCAUUGCUGUUGUGUUGAUGUGGCCAAUGCCACCAGAUCUGUGGCACAGAGAUCUGGGAAGGCUCAUCUUACAGAUGAAGACUGCUUAUCACAAUGCGCUGAAGGAAGUGUACAAUGGUAAAAGCCCCAUCGUACACUUUGUUUUGGGAAAUAGGCCUGGCUAUAGACGACUUGUGCACAUCAGAGCAAUCCAAAGUUGCUUCACGGAUGCAGAGGAACAGUUUGCUUCUUUGUCGAGAAAUGGCAAAAUCUGGAAAGAGAAGAAGGUGAAAGAGCUUCUUCUUAGGGUCUCAGGUGCAGUGAGUCAUGGUGGAAUACUGGCAGAUACUUUCAUCCCACAUCUGAGGCUGGAAGUGAUUCCAAUGUACCGAAGCCAGAUUAGUGGAUAUGCUGAUGGGUCAAAAGUGUCAUUCUUUCUUGGUUUCUCAAUGAAAGGCCCACUGGCACUAGACAUUGAACCUCAAAGCUAAAGAGUCCCUUUAAACACAUUUUAAUCUCUGAAUUAUGAGUUUGACCGUCUGAUUCCAAACAAAGUAGAAAAUACUACCACAAAAUAUGUUUGUUUCUGUCAGUUUGAUGAUUGUACAGUACUUCCCUCUAAAAUACCCAUCAUUUAGAUACAAGGGGUAGAAAAGGGGUAGAAGGGUAUCAAGGCAAUACAUAACAGACCACGGCUUUUAGGGUUAGGCAGAUGUUCCUGACACUUUUUUGUAGGUAGUAAACAACCUCCACUCUGUCAGCUUUAAUAUCUCAGGCCCUAACAAUCAUGUUUUGGCAUUAACAACUGUUAAUGUAUUCAAAUCCAUAUGCAGAAUGUGAAUGACGACACCUGAAAUAUAAUAUUCUACCACUUUUAAUUCCAAGCAGUUCUCUGAUGUUGUGAUGACUGUUGUGAUCUGAUAUAUUGUGCAGGUCGAGUUGUUUGCAGUGUUUUAUUUAACGGCUAUAUCUUUGGUUGGGCUUGUUUAAAUGAAAUAACCUUUCAGUUACAUAUGAAAUAUUAUGUUUUAACUUUUAUCAUGAAUCAUCUCUUGUGAUUUUGUACAAACUGUAUGUGUUUCUUUUACAUUCCUUGGAAAACAACAAUAAAUGUAGAGUUUUGUUAAAAAUACUCUUAAAUAAAGAUGUGCCGAAAUAUGGCAAGUAGA